UCAAUCCAAACACUCCCCUCAAAGAUAGAAAAAAGAGGGAGGAAAGAAAAAAAGGAAAAAGAAAAAAAAUCAAGAAGCGAGCGAAGAGAGAGAAAAAUAAAAACAAGAGAGGGAGCAAACCCUACCUAAAACCCCACCAUCUUUUCUAUCCGCUCUCCUUUUCUCCUCGGUUUUGUAAUCGAUUAGAUACCUUUUCCUUGCUUUUUCAUUAUAAAACAAAAGCUACAAUCCAUGGCGUCAAAUCCAUCUGCCUCUUCUCUUCUUAUAAGAGCUCCUCCUUCAUUGAAUUCAUCUGAUGAUGAGGGAGGAGUUCACGUAGAGAAGAAGAGCACGAGCUCUUCUGAAAGCAGCAGCAGCUCUGAAUCGGAGACCUUUCACAGCGGCGGCGAGGAGGAGUUCGAGACAGCGUCAGAGAGGCCUUUUGUGGGAGACCCAGACGAGGAAAUCUUGGAAUUAGCCGGUUCCGAGGCGGACGGAACUGUUCCGGCGGUUGAUUCUGAGGUGGGUUUUCUGCCAGAGAAGACAGAGAUGCCGAUUGCCCGUGUAUCAGGCGGCGAUGACGGCGACGACAAGCCCUUUGACGAUGAUGGGUUUUUGGGGGAUGUUGAUGGUGAUGAUGGGGUAUUGGGUGUGGUCCGGGUUUCUAUGGCUGAGAGCAGCCGGGGGGAUUCGGUUUUGGGUGGCGGAGAGAAGGAAGAAAGGGGGGAUUCCUUGGAAGGGAAUUCGGAGAGUCAGGUUCCAAUGGAGGUGGGAGAGUCGGUUGGGAAUGGAUCUCCUGUCAUCUUGGCUGAGAAUCCAUUGGUGGAAGAGAGCCCUGUGGUUGAAAGGGAGAAGGUUGAAUCGACUGAGAAGGAGAAUUCUGCAAAAGGAGGGGACUCUGCUGCUGGAACCAAACAGUCUGACUCGGUGGCAAUGGAAACGCCAAUGGUGGAGUCUGUGGUUGGAAAAAAUUCGAUUCCUGGGAGUGGCUCCGAUGAAGCUGUUGCUGCUGUUAAAGAACCGGCGGAUACAGAGUCUGUUGAACUGGACUCUGGUGUUGAGAAAACAGAUGAGGCAGUUGUGGAUAAUGGUAGUCCUGACAAAAGCUUUGAAUCUGCUGCCGCCACCAAAAUGCCGGAAUCGAAUUCGAGCGAAAAGCUGGGAGUUGAAAAAUUGGAGAAUUCUGAUGAAACUUGUGGUGGGUCUGAUCAAGUGAGUGCUAUUGCUGAAGAACCAGAGAAUUUGAAGCCUGUCGAAGCGGAUAUUGGCGUUCAAGAUGAGGCUGUUGUUGGUGAUGGUGGUUCUGACAAAAGCUCUGAAUCUACUGCUGCUGCUGCUGCCGGAAUGCCAGAAUCUGAUUCUCCUGAGAGGCUGGGAAUCAAAGAGUCAGAGAAACCUGAUGAAGCGGGUGAUGGGUCUGAUCAUGCAAGUGCUGUUGUUGAAGAGUUGGAGAAUUUGAAGUCUGUCAAUGCAGAUACUGGUGUUGAAGUAGAAACUGAGGCUGUUGGAAUCGCUGCUCCUGAGAAACAGGUUGGUUCUGCUACUGUUACUGUUGAAGCCACUUCCCAAUCUCCGGGAUUUGAAGAAUUGAAGCCAGCUUCUACUGGUUUGGUAGUGAAAUCUGAUAAGACAGGCAGUGAGUCUGAUCAGACGGGCCACAUCAUUGAAGAAGAAUUGGUGAAUUCAAAUUCUUUUGGAGCAGAGACUGGUCUUGCCAAGAACAUUGAGGCUGUUGAUGAUGGUGGUUCUGAUGAAAAUCACAAAUCUGUUACUACUGCUGUUGUUGAAACUACCCCUCAAUCCGAUUUUCAUGAGAAAGCGGGAUUGGAAGAAUCGGAACCAGCUUCUACUGAUUCAGUGGCAAAAUCCAAUGAGACGGGCAGUGGGUCCAAUCAGGUGGGCCAUGUCAUUGAAGAAGAAUUGGUGAAUUUGAAUGCUGUUGGAGCUAAGACCAUUGUUGCUGAGGAAAAUGCGGCUGUUGGUGAUGGUGGUUCUGAUAAAAACCUUGAAUCUAUUACUACUGCUGUUGUCGAAACCACUCCUCAAUCCAAUUCUCACAAGAAGGUGGGACUCGAAGAACCCGGGCUUACUUCAACAGAUUUGGUAGCAAAAUCCAAUGAGACAGAUGGUGGGUCCAAUCAAGUGAGCUCUGUCAAUGAAGAAGCGGCGGAUUCAAAGUCAGAGCUUGCCUUGAUCGAUUCAGGAGUGAAACCAAAUGAGCCAGAGCCUGAAACCGGAGACGAUGAACAUGGCAGGUAUGAAAUGCAAACUGCUAAUUUUAUUGAUAACAAACCUAUAGAAUCGAAUUUAGAUAAGGAGGCACAGCCUCUUGUUGCGGAUUCAGAAGAUCCGGAGACGGAUAAGGAGAUUUUGGAAAGCUCCAGUGGGAUCCCAAUUGUCAAUCAGAGUGCAAAUGCUCGAAAUGAAGAAUCUGAAGAUGGGAUUCCAAGCAGUACCCACAUCCCAGAACGUGAGGUUCCAGUAGAAAAUCUCUCUUCAGUUUCUGUUUCAGCUGACCCGGAACUGAAAUGGGAGAAUGAACACUCACGAGUAGAAGGAGAUGGAGAAGAAGUUGACAAGGGAGCCUCUGAAACCGUUGAAAGGAUCAUAAGAGAAAUAGAGCAAGGUUCUUCUAGUUCUCAGUUGGGUUUGGACAGUUCUCGCGAUCAUUCACAGAGGAUCGAUGGACAGAUUGUUUCAGACUCAGAUGAAGAAGUAGAAACCGACGAGGAGGGAGAUGGGAAGGAGUUAUUUGACUCUGCCGCCUUGGCUGCCCUUUUGAAAGCAGCGAGUAGUGCAGCUCCCGAUGACAACAUCACCAUCACUGCCCCAGGUGCAUCUCGGUUCUUCUCAGUUGAGCGUCCUGCCGGCUUGGGAUCGUCAGUUCCAUCUCUCAAACCUUCUGCUCCUCGCGCCAACCGGCCGAACGUCUUUACUCCUUCAAACCUUGCGGUCGUUGGAGAACCUGAAAAUAACAUGGACGAGGAGGAGAAGAAGCUGCAUGAGAAGAUACAGCAGAUACGGGUGAAAUUCCUCCGCCUUGUUCAGAGGCUGGGCCAUGCUCCGGAAGAUACAGUCGCUGAGCAAGUCUUGUACCGCCUAGACUUUGCUGAGGGGCUCAAACGGGGGCGGCAGACCAAUCGUUUCAGCCUUGAAAGUGCUAGGAAGACGGCAAUGCAGCUGGAAACGGCCGGGAAAGACGAUCUCAACUUCUCUUGCAACAUUCUAAUCCUUGGGAAGAUUGGAGUGGGGAAGAGUGCAACUGUGAAUUCCAUUUUUGGUGAAGUAAAGACUCCCAUCAGUGCGUUCGAACCUGCCACUUCUGGUGUGAAAGAGAUCAUUGGUACAGUCGAUGGGGUUAAGAUCCGUAUCAUUGAUACCCCAGGCCUUAGAGCUUCAGUGAUGGACCAAAAUUCGAAUAGGAAGAUCUUGUCAUCUAUAAAGAAAUUCAUGAAGAAAUGCCCGCCUGAUAUUGUUCUAUACAUUGAUCGGCUUGAUACCCAGACGAGAGAUUUCAAUGAUCUGCCAUUGUUAAGAUCGAUUAGUAGUGUUUUGGGUCCAUCCAUCUGGCUCAAUGCCAUUGUUGCUCUGACCCAUGCUGCUUCAGCACCGCCUGAUGGACCAAACGGGUCACCGCUUAGCUAUGAGGUGUUUGUCGCUCAGCGGUCCCACAUUGUUCAGCACUCUAUCCGGCAGGCGGCUGGGGACAUGCGUCUCAUGAAUCCUGUGGCGCUCGCCGAGAACCACCCAUCUUGCAGAAGGAACCGAGAAGGUGAAAGAGUCCUUCCCAAUGGCCAAAACUGGCGGCCCCAGCUGCUGCUUUUGUGCUACUCUUCGAAAAUCCUAUCUGAAGCGAACUCCCUGCUGAAACUUCAAGACCAAUCUGCUGGAAAGCUCUUUGGGUUCCGUAUCCGUUCUCCGCCUCUGCCCUUCUUGCUGUCCUCGCUUCUGCAAUCCCGGGCCCACCCGAAGCUCUCCAACGAUAUGGGCGGCGAGAGUGUGGACUCAGAUAUUGACUUGGAUGACUUGUCCGAUUCAGACCGAGAAGAGGAAGAAGACGAGUAUGAUCAGCUUCCACCAUUUAAGCCUCUGAAGAAAGCUCAGAUUGCUAAGCUUAGCAAGGAGCAGAAGAAGGCAUAUUUCGAUGAGUAUGAUUACCGGGUGAAGCUUCUUCAGAAGAAGCAGUGGAAGGAGGAGCUUCAGAGAUUGAGGGAGAGCAAGAAGAGAGGGAAGGACGGUCGAGAUGAUUUUGGAUAUGGAGACAUGGGCGAAGAUUAUGAUCAGGAAAAUGGAAGUCCUGCAGCUGUACCAGUUCCAUUACCUGACAUGGCAUUGCCACCUUCGUUUGAUGGGGAUAACCCUGCUUACCGGUACCGGUUCUUGGAGCCGACCUCGCAGCUUCUGGCACGGCCUGUUCUAGACACUCAUGGGUGGGACCAUGAUUGUGGGUAUGAUGGGGUCAGCCUCGAAGAGAGCCUUGCCAUAAUCGGCCAGUUCCCGGCAGCUGUAUCAGUCCAAAUCACCAAGGACAAGAAGGAGUUCAACAUUCAUCUGGAUUCAUCAGUUUCUGCCAAGCAUGGGGAGAAUGGCUCGACUAUGGCAGGAUUCGACAUUCAAAGCGUUGGGAAGCAGCUAGCUUACAUUCUCAGGGGUGAAACGAAAUUCCGAAACUUCAAGAAGAACAAGACCACUGCAGGGGCGUCCAUUACUUUCUUGGGAGAAAAUGUGGCCACCGGGCUCAAGAUCGAGGACCAGAUUUCGAUUGGGAAGCGUGUGAACCUGGUCGCCAGCACCGGUGCGGUCCGCGCACAGGGGGACGUCGCGUAUGGGGCCAACUUGGAAGCACGCCUGAGGGAUAAGGAUUUUCCGAUCGGUCAAGAUCAAUCCACCUUGGGCCUGUCUCUGAUGAGGUGGCGGGGCGACUUGGCAUUGGGUGCCAACCUGCAGUCUCAGUUCUCGAUCGGGAGGAACUCCAAGAUGGCAGUCCGUGUUGGAUUGAACAACAAGCUGAGUGGGCAGAUCACAGUUCGGACGAGCAGCUCAGAGCAGCUUCAGAUUGCGCUCAUGGGUAUCAUUCCGAUCGCCGCUGCUGUCAUCAGGACCUUCUGGCCUGGUGAGUCUUAUAUCGUGCACUAGAUUUUGUUUAUUUCGUUUUUCGUUGAGGUUGUUAAUCAAUAUCAUGAUGGGAUCGAGAAUUAGAUUAGUUUCUCAUUAAGCAUGUUUUAGUCGUAAUAUCUUCUAUGAUAAUCUUGAAUAAUGCUUUCUUCAUGUUUGUUGAGAACUUCUGCAAUUAUCUCUUUUUUCGUGGUUUUAGGCCGAAGAAAAUUGUAGUGGAAAUGAGUUGGAAGUUGGAACUAAGAGGGUAUUUGAUGUUUAAUGGAUUUUGAUUCAUCUGUUUA